GACACCUUAAGACUUCCGACCAGCGAGAGAAAAAGAGGUAAAGAGAGACCGAGAGGGAGUGUAUCGCCACCGGAGGAAGAAAGAUCUUGCCGGAAUUGCAGCCGGACUAGUUUUCUGUGUUGGAGAGGGAGGGAACCGCCAGGUCGUGCCAGAUACUGGACGGACAGUUGCGUCGCCACCUCGUUGGAGUGGAGAGUCCAGCCGGAACCGUUUCCGUCGCACAACCCAUCGCCACACCGGAGUGUCGCCGGACUGGUUAUACGUGGAGUGUGACGACGCCGGCCAGGAUCACUCGUGAACCAGGGCUGUCAGCCUGAUAUUACAUCCGAAGAGGAAGUUUCGGGGAGUUGCUGCAACGGUGCCACGUUUGCUGGUUCGCCACCGAACGAAGGAGGGAGAAGCCGCCGGACUGGUUUUCACAAUUGGAGAAGUAACUACUGUUGCCGCCAGACCACUUCGCUGCUACCAGGUCGGCCUGAGACGUCCUCUGCCACCACUGUACCAACUCUCUUGUCAUCAAUAAGGUGAAUACAUAGAGAUCGGAAUUGAGGAAGAGAAUUGGGAGCAUCGGAUUUGAGGAGAUUCAUGAAUUGGUGGCUAAACACAAGAAGGCUUUGCGCAAGUCUUUUGGUUGGUUAUUUUUUCAAAACUUGGCCCAGUAUGUUGAAUUUGCGCAAGUCUUUUGAAAUCAUCGGUUUCAAAGGUAGUUUUCAACUGGGUUUAUUGAAUCAAAAGCACGUUUUAAUAAGAUUUGAUUUGGAUGAGGAUUAUUUGCGCUGUUGGAAUAAACAAACUUGGACCAUUCAUGGAUGUGUCAUGCGUGUGACCAAGUGCACACCGAAUUUCAAGCCAAAUGUGGAAUCUCCUGUGAUUACGGUUUGGCUCGGUUUUGAAGAGUUACCGAUCCAUUUACGGGAUCAAAGAGCUUUGUUUGACACGAGAAUUGAGUCCUAUCAUUUUAUACUUUUCUCAUGUGAUGUCUUUCCGCACUCAUUUGAAUUUCUUUAGACAAAUUCAACCCUUACAUUAUAUUAUGGGUCUAUAAUAUGUGUAGGAUGGUCCAAAUAACUUAUAUGGUGUACAAAUAACAGGAGAAAAACCUUACCCCCCCUGUUAGUUCAAUAAUGUCAAAGAUGGAACCAUAGGAGUUUGUUUUUGUCUCCAUGGGUUCCAUCACCUCUUUAUUCGUGUACAUAAAUUAUUAUUGUCCCUCUAAUAUUUAUUUGGAUUCUAGAAUAGGUGUGGGAUACCCUCAAGUGGGUCUAGGAUACACUUUUCCAAUUAUCUUACUAUUUUUAGCAAGUUGGACCUAAAGUAACAAUUGGGCUGCCCAACCUUCCUUAUUUGGUCUAGAAGGGUUAUGAAUGUUUCUUUAUAUUGUAUUGGAGUCUUAUAUCUAAUAAGAUCACCCAAUUAAGUAUUUGGAAGUCCAUCAUUGUAAUGUACGAUUAAUCAUACAUUACAUAAAGCAUUAAUCGUUUUACAAUUGUUUGAUAAUAGGGAAA